AUGAAACAGGUGUCAUUUAUUUUGGUUAUCUCUCUCUUCAAAAAGGUUCCAUUUCAGGGUGAAUCAUAUCUUUGGGGUAGUAGACCAGUCAAUAAGAUCAUAAAUGACAAUACCAAUUCAGGAGUAGUGUUCAGACCUACACCCAAAAGUCCAUUAAAAAUGAAGAGAUUUAAAGUACCUGAUUGUAUGAAUAGUGAAACAACACUAAAAGAAUAUAAGUACUCCAAAAUCAAUCCUAGCUUUUCAACACCAGAAGCCACAAGGCCACCACAAACCUUAGAAAUAUACUUAAGUAGUAAUGUGGGACAUGACUUACCUCCAAAUAAUUCUAUAAACUUAACAUUUAAUGAAGCUUAUAAAGAACAACUAGAUUUGAACAGAAAGUCAUCAAAUGAGUCAAAAACAUACUAUAAAGCAGAAUUACUUGAAAAUGAAGUAACUUCCAAUGAGCUUCUUGCCACAACAAUGAAGUCAGAAGUAUCAACUUUGACUGAGUAUCCUGUUGGAAAUUCAUUUAAGACUGAGUGUAAACUUUAUUCAUAUAUACCACACUCUCACCUUGAUUCAAUAGAAAAUAAUCUAUCAAUAUCAGCAUCUGAAAGAGAGCUGAUGCAAGAAUGUAAUUUCCCAAGAGAGCAGGCACACAAAUUUAAUUCCUCCAGAAACUUCGCACAAGAUGUUACGAAUUUUAACUUCACCCCAGUUUAUCCCACUGCACUUGUCCCCAAAAGGCCAAGAAUAAAUUUGGUUCACCAACAAGAAAACAAACAAGUCUUAAAAUAUGGAGAUAUUGUACCGGGAACAACACAGUUACAACAAAUAUCACCUUUUUAUUCUGAAGAGUUUAAGUUUAAUACACUAGGAGAAAGUUCUUCCAGUAAUGAUAAUUAUCAUGUAAAUAAUACUUUGGUGCAAAAAUCUCCACAGCAACAUCAGGGGUCAUGUAAUGCCCACCAACUAUCAACAUCUUCAGAAACUCCUAUUCAUGAGACUCAUAUGAUUUACGCAACUUUUGAUUUUAAUGAACAAAAAACAAAGGAUAUUGUUAUACAUGAUAUCAGUGCAAGUGAACAAAUAAUAAAUAAUAAGAACAGUGAUUCAAAGUCUCAAGAAAACUCUCCAAAUGAACAGGACAACAUCCCAUAUUUCAAUGCAAGUACUCCAGAACACGCAAGAACACCGUCAAGUCAUUCAACCAUAAUAUCAUUCUUAAAUAAUACUGUGGAAUGUGACUCAUCUCCAUGCAAUUCUAAUAACUUAAUACCUAAUAAUCCUUGGGAAGAACCCCUGAACCUCAGCAAAAAGUCACCAAAUGAGUUGAAUACACACUAUGGGGCAAAAUGUGAAAAAAUAAAUUCCAGUGAAAUGUUUACCUUGACAAAUUUAGAAGUAUCGACUUUAACUAACUUUCCUACUGCAAAUUCAUUUAAGACUGAGUCUGAACUUCAUUCAAAUAUAUUACACUCUCAAUAUGAUUGUAUAGAAAAUAAUCCAUCAACAUCAGCUACUCGAAAAGAGCUGACUCAAGAACUUAAUCCAAGAGAGAUGGCAGAAGUUGUUGAGAACUUAGAUUACAUCCCGAUUAACCCAAUAUUGCUUGCCCCCAAACUUUCCCGAAUAAAUUGGGUUCGUAAACUACAAAGAGAUAAAAGGCAACUGGCAAUUAUUUUUCAAGAAAUCUCUCAACUCAAGUGCAGUGCAUUUACUGAAAGUAAUAAGUUGAACAAAAUGGAAAGUGAAAGGGAUUUUGGUCUUGAGGUGGCCAUACACCAAGAAGCAUGGCUGGCAUUGCUGCUAAUCAGCUCCAUAGUGCAGAUGUUUUCCAAUGCAAUUAAAGCGACUUUGAUGCGUGAACAGAUAAAAGGCAAGCUAGACACAGUAAAGGAGAAAACUAAUAUAAACAUGUUCAAAAGAAUACGAAUAGAAGUUACACGGAUGAUGGAAAAUGCCGCAAUCCGUAAAAAUAAAUCAAGAAAUGACAAAUAUAGUCACACGCUCUUCUUCGACUAUCAACCUUCUCGCAACCUUUCUAUCGAUAUCGACAGGGUUGGCAUGGCUCUACAAAGGAGAUGUCUUGUUGACAGCUCGUGUGCUGCCAACGACACCCUAGGCGAUAAAUAG